GGGAGAGGAAGAGGGAGAGGGAGAGUGAGAGACAGAGUGAGAGGGAGAGAAAGAGGGAGAGGGAGAGGAAGAGGGAGAAGAAAAGAAAGUAAGAGCGAGAGGGAAAGUGAGAGGGAGAGGAAGAGGGAGAAGAACAGGGAGAGUGAGAGGGAUAAGGAAAGUGAGAGGGAGAGGAAGAGGGAGAAGAAGGAAGAGGAAGAGGAAGAGGGAGAAGAAGAGGGAGAGGAAGAGGAAGAGGAAGAGGAAGAGGGAGAAGAAAAGAAAGUAAGAGCGAGAGGGAAAGUGAGAGGGAGAGGAAGAGGGAGAAGAAGAGGGAGAGCUAGAGAGAGAGGAAGAGUGAAAGGGAGAGGAAGAGGGAGAGGAAGAGGAAGUGAGAGGAAGAAGAGGGAGAAGAAGAGGGAGAGUGAAAGUGAGAGACAGAGUGAGAGACAGAGUGAGAGGGAGAGGGAGAGGAAGAGGGAGAGGGAGAGUGAGAGGGAGAGUGAGAGGGAGAGUGAGAGGGAGAGGAAGAGGGAGAGUGAGAAGAAGAGUGAGAGGGAGAGGAAGAGGAAAAGGAAGAGGGAGAAGAAGAGGGAGAGGGAGAGGAAGAGGGAGAAGAAGAGGGAGAGUGAGAGGGAUAAGGAAAGUGAGAGGAAGAGGGAGAGGAAGAGUGAGAGGGAGAGGGAGAGUGAGAGGGAGAGGAAGAGGGAGAGUGAGAGGGAGAGGAAGAGGAAGAGGAAGAGGAAGAGGAGGAAGAGGGAGAGUGAGAGUGAGAGACAGAGUGAGAGACAGAGUGAGAGACAGAGUGAGAGGGAGAGUGAGAAGAAGAGUGAGAGUGAGAGACAGAGUGAGAGACAGAGUGAGAGGGAGAGUGAGAGAGAGAAGAAGAGGGAGAGUGAAAGGGAGAGUGAGAGGGAGAGUGAGAGGGAGAGUGAGAGUUCCAAUUAG